AUGCAGGAUGUUGGAGGAAUGAGACAGACUGCGAAAAGGCGCCGAACGGAACCUGCUGAUCGCCUUCUGUCAGUCGCUGGCAUAGCAGCACAACAACACCUGAAGAAGAUCGACGGAACGACGACCAAGAACCAGGUCGAGGGUACGGUCAAAAUUAAUCUGAUGCAAAUAUGUGGAUGGAUUCUGUUCCAGACUCCAACUGUCAUGUGCCGAAGCUCAGACCCUUGCAAAGGAUCGGUAUCAUUGGAUGCCGAUCUUCUUCGAUGCGUCUGCCUCGGCGACUCGAAAGGAGAAGCGGCUACGGAAGAAGAUCAUGAGGAAAGCCCUCUCUAA